CGGAGCGGGCGGGGUGGGCCCCGCGCCCCCUCAGGUGAGCGCGGGCCCCGCGGACCGGGGGAUGCGCCGGGAUCUGCGGUUGUUGCUGACAGCCAAGGCCUUCCUCUCCAAGCUGUUUAAAUGAGAAUGUCCCUGGCGCAAAGAGUGCUGCUGACAUGGCUUUUUACCUUACUCUUCCUGAUCAUGCUGGUGCUGAAGUUGGAUGAGAAAGCCCCGUGGAACUGGUUCCUCAUUUUCAUUCCAGUGUGGAUCUUUGACACGAUCCUUCUCGUGAUGUUGAUUGUAAAAAUGGCCGGGCGCUGCAAGUCCGGCUUCGACCCCCGCAACGGCUCCCAGAACAUGAAGAAGAAGGUGUGGUACCUCGUGGCCAUGCUGCUGAAGCUGGCCUUCUGCCUGGCCCUGUGUGCCAAGCUGCAGCGCUUCACCACCAUGAAACUGGCCUACGUGUUCAUCCCCCUGUGGGCCCUGCUGCUGGGGGCCAUGGUGGAGCUGGGGUACAACAUCUUCUAUGUACGGAGAGACUAGGCCAGGCCAGCAGCUUCCAGGGCAAGGCUGGCACCAAAUUACUGGGUUAUUACCAUUUUGCCACAAAUUUGAUCUUCAGACUAGAAAGCCAAAUGAGUCAAGCUGGAGACUUAAGCUAAAGCAGACUGAAGACUGAAAGUAGACAUGUUUCUUUUUUUUUAUUUUAAAACUCACAUAUGCUCUUGUAAAUAAAAGUAU